AUGAUUAAUGGGGUGGCUGGAGUAGUCAAGUUCAUAGAGACAGAAACUUUUUAUAACUAUGAUGCCAGGGGAGCGGAUGAACUUUCUUUACAAAUAGGAGACACUGUGCACAUCCUGGAAACGUAUGAAGGGUGGUACAGAGGUUACACCUUAAGGAAAAAGUCUAAGAAGGGUAUAUUUCCUGCUUCAUAUAUUCAUCUUAAAGAAGCCAUAGUUGAAGGAAAAGGGCAACAUGAAACGGUCAUCCCAGGCGACCUCCCGCUCAUACAGGAAGUCACCACAACACUGAGAGAGUGGUCCACCAUCUGGAGGCAGCUCUACGUGCAAGAUAACAGGGAGAUGUUUCGAAACGUUCGGCACAUGAUCUACGACCUUAUUGAGUGGCGAUCGCAGAUUCUUUCUGGAACUCUGCCACAGGAUGAGCUCAAAGAACUGAAGAAGAAAGUCACUGCCAAAAUUGAUUAUGGAAACAGGAUCCUUGAUUUGGACUUGGUGGUGCGAGAUGAAGAUGGGAACAUUCUGGAUCCAGAGCUAACGAGCACGAUUAGUCUUUUCAGAGCUCAUGAAGUAGCCUCUAAACAAGUGGAGGAAAGAUUACAAGAAGAAAAGUCUCAAAAGCAGAACAUAGACAUUAACAGACAAGCCAAGUUUGCUGCCACCCCUUCUCUGGCCUUGUUUGUUAACCUCAAAAACGUGGUGUGUAAAAUCGGAGAAGAUGCUGAAGUGCUCAUGUCUCUGUAUGACCCUGUGGAGUCCAAGUUCAUCAGUGAAAACUACCUGGUUCGCUGGUCAAGUUCAGGAUUGCCUAAAGAUAUAGACAGAUUACAUAAUUUGCGAGCUGUUUUCACUGAUCUCGGAAGCAAAGACCUGAAAAGGGAGAAAAUCAGUUUUGUGUGUCAGAUUGUUCGAGUGGGUCGCAUGGAACUGAGAGACAAUAACACAAGGAAGCUGACCUCCGGCUUGCGGCGGCCUUUCGGGGUGGCCGUGAUGGAUGUAACAGAUAUAAUAAAUGGAAAAGUAGAUGAUGAAGACAAACAGCAUUUCAUUCCCUUUCAGCCGCUCGCGUUGGACGACGCCAUUCGACACAAGCCGCUGAACAUGUCAUCCCGUUUUUCACCCAGGGUGGCGGGGGAGAAUGACUUCCUUCAGACUGUUAUAAACAAAGUCAUUGCUGCCAAAGAAGUCAACCACAAGGGCCAGGGUUUGUGGGUAACAUUGAAAUUACUUCCUGGAGAUAUCCAUCAGAUUAGAAAAGAAUUUCCUCAUUUGGUGGACAGGACCACAGCAGUGGCUCGGAAAACGGGGUUUCCGGAGAUAAUCAUGCCUGGUGACGUCCGAAACGAUAUCUACGUAACGUUAGUUCAAGGAGAUUUUGAUAAAGGAAGCAAAACGACGGCAAAGAAUGUUGAGGUUACAGUGUCUGUUUACGAUGAAGAUGGAAAACGACUGGAGCAUGUGAUUUACCCGGGUGCUGGUGAUGAAGCCAUUUCAGAAUACAAGUCCGUGAUUUAUUACCAAGUGAAACAGCCGCGCUGGUUUGAGACAGUUAAGGUGGCCAUCCCCAUUGAGGACGUGAACCGCAGUCACCUACGGUUUACCUUCCGACAUAGAUCGUCCCAGGACUCUAAGGAUAAAUCCGAGAAGAUAUUCGCACUCGCUUUUGUAAAGCUGAUGCGCUACGAUGGGACCACCCUAAGAGACGGGGAGCAUGAUCUUAUUGUCUAUAAGGCCGAAGCAAAGAAGCUGGAAGACGCCGGCACGUACCUGAGCCUGCCGUCCACCAAAGCCGAGUUGGAAGAGAAGGGCCACUCGGCGACGGGGAAGAGCAUGCAGAGUCUUGGGAGCUGCACCAUCAGCAAAGAUUCCUUCCAGAUCUCAACUCUCGUGUGCUCCACCAAACUGACCCAGAAUGUGGACCUGCUGGGGCUGCUGAAGUGGCGAUCCAACACCAACCUGCUGCAGCAGAACCUGAGGCAGCUGAUGAAGGUGGAUGGUGGUGAAGUCGUGAAGUUCCUCCAGGACACCUUGGAUGCCCUCUUCAACAUCAUGAUGGAGAAUUCGGAGAGCGAGACCUUUGAUACAUUAGUGUUCGAUGCUCUGGUAUUUAUCAUUGGACUAAUUGCUGAUAGAAAAUUUCAGCAUUUUAAUCCUGUUUUGGAAACCUACAUUAAGAAACACUUUAGUGCAACAUUAGCCUACACGAAGCUGACGAAAGUUUUAAGGAACUAUGUGGACAAUGCCGAGAGGCCAGGAAUCAGCGACCAGCUGUAUAAAGCCAUGAAAGCUUUAGAGUACAUCUUCAAGUUCAUCGUGCGCUCCCGGAUCCUGUUCAAUCAGCUGUACGAAAACAAAGGAGAGGCCGAUUUCGUGGAGUCCUUGGUGCAGCUGUUCCGAUCCAUCAGCGACAUGAUGAGCGGCGUGUCAGACCAGACCGUCCGGGUGAAGGGUGCAGCACUGAAAUACUUGCCAACCAUUGUCAACGAUGUGAAAUUGGUAUUUGAUCCCAAAGAGCUCAGCAAAAUGUUUACUGAUUUCAUCCUAAAUGUUCCCGUGGGUUUGCUGACCAUUCAGAAGCUAUAUUGCUUGAUUGAAAUAAUUCACAGUGACCUCUUCACACAGCAUGACUGCAGAGAGAUCCUGCUUCCCAUGAUGACGGAUCAGCUCAAGUACCAUCUGGAGAGACAGGAAGAUCUGGAGGCCUGCUGCCAGCUGCUCAGCAACAUCCUAGAGGUUCUAUACAGGAAGGACGUGGGACCAACUCAGAGGCAUGUCCAGAUUAUCAUGGAGAAGCUUCUCCGGACAGUGAACCGAACCGUCAUUUCCAUGGGACGGGAUUCCGAACUCAUCGGAAACUUCGUGGCCUGUAUGACAGCUAUUUUACGACAGAUGGAAGAUUAUCAUUAUGCCCAUUUGAUCAAGACUUUUGGGAAGAUGAGGACCGAUGUGGUGGAUUUUCUGAUGGAAACGUUCAUCAUGUUUAAGAACCUCAUUGGGAAGAAUGUCUACCCUUUCGACUGGGUGAUCAUGAACAUGAUGCAGAAUAAAGUCUUUCUGCGAGCGAUUAAUCAGUAUGCAGAUAUGCUGAACAAAAAAUUUCUGGAUCAAGCCAACUUUGAGCUGCAGCUGUGGAACAACUACUUUCACCUGGCUGUCGCUUUCCUCACUCAAGAGUCCUUGCAGCUGGAGAAUUUUUCAAGUGCAAAGAGAGGGAAAAUCCUUAACAAGUACGGAGAUAUGAGGAGACAGAUUGGCUUCGAAAUCAGGGACAUGUGGUACAACCUUGGUCAACACAAGAUAAAGUUCAUUCCAGAAAUGGUCGGCCCAAUAUUAGAAAUGACACUGAUUCCUGAGACAGAGCUUCGCAAAGCCACCAUUCCCAUCUUCUUUGACAUGAUGCAGUGUGAAUUCCAUUCUACCCGAAGCUUCCAGAUGUUUGAAAAUGAGAUCAUCACCAAGCUGGAUCAUGAAGUGGAAGGAGGUAGAGGCGAUGAGCAGUACAAAGUGUUAUUUGAUAAAAUUCUCUUAGAGCACUGCAGGAAGCACAAAUACCUUGCCAAAACGGGAGAAACUUUUGUAAAGCUCGUCGUGCACCUGAUGGAAAGACUUUUGGAUUACAGAACCAUCAUGCAUGAUGAGAACAAAGAAAAUCGCAUGAGCUGCACUGUCAACGUGCUGAAUUUCUACAAAGAGAUUGAAAGAGAAGAAAUGUAUAUAAGGUAUUUGUACAAGCUCUGUGACCUGCACAAGGAAUGUGAUAACUACACUGAAGCAGCCUAUACCUUGCUUCUCCAUGCGAAGCUUCUGAAGUGGUCGGAGGACGUGUGCGCGGCCCACCUCACCCAGCGGGACGGGUACCAGGCGACAACACAGGGACAGCUGAAAGAGCGGCUCUACCAGGAAAUCAUCCACUACUUUGACAAAGGCAAGAUGUGGGAAGAGGCCAUCGCCCUGGGCAAGGAACUGGCUGAACAGUAUGAAAACGAGAUAUUUGAUUAUGAACAACUUAGCGAAUUGCUGAAAAAACAGGCUCAAUUUUAUGAAAACAUCGUCAAGGUGAUAAGACCCAAGCCUGACUAUUUUGCUGUGGGUUACUACGGACAAGGAUUCCCCACAUUCCUUCGGGGGAAAGUUUUCAUUUACCGAGGGAAGGAGUAUGAACGCCGGGAAGAUUUUGAAGCUCGGCUAUUAACUCAGUUUCCAAAUGCUGAGAAAAUGAAGACAACAUCUCCACCAGGCGACGAUAUUAAAAACUCUGCUGGCCAGUAUAUUCAGUGCUUCACAGUAAAGCCCAAACUCGAUUUGCCCCCUAAAUUUCACAGGCCCGUGUCAGAGCAAAUUGUAAGUUUUUACAGAGUAAACGAGGUCCAGCGAUUUGAAUAUUCUCGUCCGAUCCGCAAGGGAGAGAAAAACCCAGACAACGAAUUUGCGAAUAUGUGGAUCGAAAGGACCAUAUACACAACUGCGUAUAAAUUGCCUGGCAUUUUAAGGUGGUUUGAGGUCAAAUCUGUUUUCAUGGUGGAGAUCAGCCCCCUGGAGAACGCCAUCGAGACCAUGCAGCUAACGAAUGACAAGAUAAACAGCAUGGUGCAGCAGCACCUGGACGACCCCAGCCUCCCUGUCAGCCCCCUCUCCAUGCUCCUGAACGGCAUCGUGGACCCCGCCGUCAUGGGAGGCUUUGCAAAUUACGAAAAGGCCUUCUUUACAGAGCGGUACCUGCAGGAGCACCCCGAGGCCCACGAAAAGAUCGAGAAGCUCAAGGACCUGAUUGCAUGGCAGAUUCCAUUUUUGGCCGAAGGGAUCAGGAUUCAUGGAGACAAAGUCACAGAAGCACUACGGCCAUUUCAUGAGAGAAUGGAAGCCUGUUUCAAACAGUUAAAGGAAAAAGUGGAGAAACAGUACGGAGUCCGGACCAUGCCCUCAAGUCUGGACGACAGAAGAGGCAGCCGUCCCCGGUCCAUGGUCCGAUCCUUCACAAUGCCUUCCUCGUCCCGGCCUCUGUCUGUGGCCUCUGUGUCAUCCCUGUCAUCAGACAGCACCCCUUCCAGGCCGGGCUCCGAUGGGUUUGCUCUGGAACCCCUCCUGCCGAAGAAAAUGCACUCCCGGUCCCAGGACAAGCUCGACAAGGACGACCCAGAUAAAGAGAGGAAGGACAAGAAGAAGGAAAAAAGGAACAGCAAACAUCAAGAGAUAUUUGAUAAAGAAUUUAAACCCACCGACAUUCCCCUGCAGCAAUCUGACGCUGUGAUCCUUUCAGAAACGAUAAGCCCCCUGCGGCCCCAGAGACCGAAGAGCCAGGUGAUCAGCGUCAUGGGUAGUGAAAGGCGCUUUUCGGUGUCACCGUCCUCACCGUCCUCCCAGCACACGCCUCCUCCGGUCACACCGAGGGCCAAGCUCAGCUUCAGCCUGCAGUCCAGUUCGGAGCUGAAUGGCAUGACUGGACUGGACGUGGCUGAGGUUCCGCCCCCUCUGCCUCUCAAAGGCACCAGCGCAGACUAUGGGGCCUUGACCGAGAACCUGGACCUGACAGGCCUGCCGAGCCCCCCGCCCCCUCCUCCUCAGCAGAGGCAUCUCCCCCCUCCGCUGCCCAGCAAGACCCCGCCGCCGCCGCCGCCCAAGACGACGCGCAAGCAGACCUCAGUGGACUCCGGGAUCGUGCAGUGA